CGUAACCUGAACCCCAAGGCAGCCUGUCUGAGGAGGAGGGAGCAGGAGAAUACGUCCGCUGGGUUAACGGACGCCCAGGGCCUGCAGCAACACCAGGCAUCGCUACAUCCUGGACUAGAGGCAGCUAACCCCGUGGGACAUCUAUAAACAUUUGACAGGUAUGGGAAUGGGCGCCUGACUUUGUAUAAAAGCGGGGGGUGCACAAUCUACGGCUGGUUCUGGGGGUCCUCCCCCAGAACAUUUUAGAUAUAUUUUUUAACCAUUUUCCUGCAAUUCUAUAUUGUUUCUCAACAAGGGGAAUCCAUGUUUACUUGACAGAACGCAACAUUGUCAACUUGCACAUAAUGUUUACAUUUUAUUUUUGUCACAAAUAAGAAGAUUACAACAAUGUAAUGCAAUGCAAAUCUCAACUUUGAUGUAUCUAUUAACCAUUUUAUUUUUCAUUUUCAAUAUGGCAGUGUUAAUCUUGUAGGGCAUUGAAAAAUAACUCUCAAAUGUACUUUGCUUUUUCAUUUUCAAUUUGGCAGACAGUAUACUGCAUACUGCAUAAUAUAUUUGGCAGACAGUAUGCAUACUUGAAGUUGGAAGUACACACUGGAGUUUUGCAUUUUAAUUUGGUCACAGAUUAUGUGUACAUAAAUUGUAAAAUAAAUUGCAAAGGUAUUAUUUAUUUGCCGUUAUCAGCUUUAAAUGUGUUUUAAUUGGCAUCUAUAUACCUCCAUAAAUGUGUUUUAAUUGGCACCUAUAUAACUCCAUAAAUUGCUGCUGUGAAACCUGAUAGAAAUAAAUAAUAAGAUUAUGCUCUGGUAAUAUGGGUCCUGGCCUCACCUUUGAACGGUUUCGGCUCGAGACAUGCGGUUUUCUGCAUUGUAAUAAACAAGCAUGCUUAGAUGGUAAUUGUUAUAUAAUUUAUAAAAUGGUCAGAUAUAUCUAUUUUUAAUACAGACUAGCUAAAAAAUUAAGUGAAAAUUGACAAAUUACCCAAUGGAUUAUAAUAAUUUUCUGGUACAGAAAGUGGAGGUGCAAAAACAGUUUGCACCCCCUUAUUUUAAUAGUGAGGGUGCACAUGCUUUGUUUGCUCCAUGGCUCAGGCAUAUAUGGUAGUAACAUCUCUCAGUACUACUACUACUACUACUACUACUACUACUACUACUACUACUACUACUACUACUACUACUACUACUACUUUUACUACUACUACUACUACUACUACUACUACUACUACUACUACUACUACUACUACUACUACUACUACUACUACUCCUUCUUCUUCUUCUUCUUCUUCUUCUUUGGUAGCAUGUGUUGAUCUGCUGUUGAUCCAAGUUAAAUAAUCUAUUCUUUCUUUCUACAUAUGAAGUGUGGAGGAGGAUCAUCCUGAGACGUUAAAGACCAUCCGACACCAUCCAAGGACAUUUCAUUGUUUCUCUGUAAAGUAGGAUCUAAGACCAAGUAGCGAAGAGACAGAGGAAGUGUUGCUGCCGAAGAGACAGAGGAAGUGUUGCUGCCGAAGAGACAGAGGAAGUGUUGCUGCAGCUAAAUGGUCAUGAUAGUGACAUUUCCUGAUCCUCCUGUUGGAAUUUGACUUGUGCCUAAACUUAUAACUUGUUCCUGACAAAUGUAUUUUAACCAGCAAAUGUUUUGUAUGUUUUAUAUUCGUUAUGUACAGUGAAAGAAAAAUGUACAGUGAAGAAAAAUAACGUAACACUUUCUUGUGUAAUAAUGCAAUGUUUAAUUCAUCUUUUGAUUCUAUUCUCCUACGUCAGUAUUGACCUCUUAGGCUGAUACAAGCUUAGUUGUACGCGCAUGUGUGCGCUUGGCUGAGUCAGAUUUUUUGGAGCUAUGUGUGCUUUUUGGUUAAGUACUAGUCCAUUUGUAGCCUAAUUGUUCAGAGUUUUUAUUGAAAAUAUUGAUGACUUUGUACUAGCUUUUUAUAGUUUAUAUUUUCUACAAUUAAUAAUAAGUAAAUAUCUGAAUUACAGAUCUUUAAUUUUAAACUAAAAAUGGGUUAGGGUUAGGGUUAACCCUUCGUCAGAAGUAUUUUUUGUCACAUAUUUUACUAGACAUUUUAAAUAAUUAUGUUUAAUUCCCUGAGCAAUCCACAACAUAGUGUAUAUUGGAGAGUUCCAUAACGGGGGAUGUCUUUGUAAAACCUAUACCUUCCAGCUAUUUACAUGUAUGUUGUCCCCUAUGUCAUCUUCAGUAAAUGUAAACCAUAAAAUGUACAGUCUGUGUACAGAAGUUUUGUUCAUAAAAUGCAAUAAAUGUUUUUAAGAUAUCAGAAGUAUUUCUUAUUUCUCCCUAAAAAAAAUGUUUUUAUCAGACAUAGAGUAUUUAUUAUUCGAGGCGUUAAUAAUGAUGACGAGGAUGAUGACGAGAAUGAUGAACAACUGCGCAAUUUGCUGAGUCGCUGGACAGCUCCGCUAGGGGGAGCAAGUAGGCCUACUUUUGAAUAGAGACAGUCUGGAAUGCGGAGGGAGAAUCCCCCGAGCUCCAUACAACAGCUCCCACAAGUGGACCGUCACUUCAGCCAGCGUGUACUGCACUACUUUCAAACAGAACUACGCGAAUUUAGGUAAGUCCAUUAAAACGGAUUUGCGCGCAGGAACACUUUUCUAAACUGUCUAGCUGUUACUUGAACCAAUUGCACAGUUAGUGCUUUAUGAUGUGAUUCUAGUUUCGGCAUUGCCUGGUAGGCUAUCUUAUUGUUCAAGAACAUCGAUUGAUCCGGUAGUAAAAGGUGGCGUUCUAUUAUCCGCUGGUGAAAUUGCAUAGAGGAGUAUUAAUGCGUGUAUCCUUUGUCUUUAAUUACAAUCGUACAAAUAGAGGCUGAUAAGGUACUUCUGAAGGAGACACUCUUUUGGUAUUGGUUACUUAAAAAAAGUUAUGUCCUAUUUAUUUUCAUUAAAAAGUGUAGACCUAUUUUAAAACUGUAACCAAUACCGUUUUUUUUUAUCGCUUUGGUGCCAUUUUCACAAGUAUGUAGUACAUUUUCACAACUCUUUUGUACAAAACUCAAAACAGAUAAUCAAAAAGGAAGUUGUUUCAAAACUCUAAAACUUUUUCAUCAAAUGUAAUCAGUGUUUCAUCUAGAAAUACUGUACAGGUUUCACAUUGCAAUACUUGUUCAUAUAAAGUACUUGCCUUUCACAAUGCAAUGCUCACAUUACUUUCGAUAUGAUUCUCUUCUCUGUUGUUAAGAGACAUUUUACUAUUACUUAAUCCGACUUUCCUUAAUUGAUGAUCACUUAAACGUUUGGUAAACGUAUUCAUGGGGAGAGUCUAUAAUACCGCAAUGUAUGCCAUUUGCGUAGCAGUCCACACAUUUUGGUAGGUGACCCCAUUGAGAAUCGAACCCAAAACUCUGGUGUUGCUUGUGCCAUGCUCUUAGGAACUGAGCCAUACAAGACCACUAAAAUACAUAGUGUAUAAUACAAUACACGAUUACAACACAGGUGGAAGAUGUAUGAUCGCCAUAACCAAUUAACGUACCACCGUACUUCAGGCCAUGAGGAUGAGACAUGCAAUGAUUUCAAUCCAGACCUAUGUCAGGCUUUGAUUCGCCAUGCCAAAAGGUUUUUCCCCCCAGCUGAAUGAACAAUUAGGAUAUUUACUGCGAUUUCUAUGAGAACCUAUGGUCAAAUGUUCAAGACAGGCUUGAUGCAAACUAGUGUCUGCUAAACGUUGUUUCUUUCAUUUCCUUAAUUGUAUUAAUUGUGAAAGAUGUCUUCAAUGAUCACACAUGGGAGAGAAAUGAUGGACAUUUUAUGUUCAGUACAUUUUAAUGGGUAGUGUAAGCCUAAUGUGAAAACAGUGUAAUAUACUGUCAUGUACAGUUCUGUAGCAUAUUACGUUCAAAGGGCAAUUUUUAAACACGUAUCUUAAAGUUGUUGCUAUUGGAUUAACUGGUAGUUAAAAUAACUCAUUAUAUUUCAAGGUAAACUUAUAUUUUGGGUCAAUGGUUGUGUGGUGAAAUAUUUCUACAAACAAAAUGAAUACACAAUGAAAGGUUUUGAAUGUAAGACCGGCUGUGUUUACAAAUCUUACCAGUUUGGAGUUUAGAAAAUGGACCACAUACAGCCCUUGUGAAAACACGGCCAAAAGAGAUUAAACUACUGGAAUAAGGUAACCAAGUGUUACCUACUGUAUAUUUGAAUACUGUGCUUUUGCAUUUAGAUUAUUUCAAGAACAAUAUACAUUGUUCUAAAACAAACAAAUGAGUGUGGUGUGUGUGUGUCUUUGUGUGUGUGUGUGUGUCUGUGUCUGUGUCUUUGUGUGUGUGUGUGUGUGUGUGUGCUCGUUCCGUCCGCAACUGAUUUUCCCUCAAGUGCCAUCUCAUCACAUCAUCAACUGUAGAUGACAACAGUGUGAUCGGCGCGUGCGUGUGUGUGUGUGUGUGUGUGUGUAUGUAUGUAUGAUGACAACGUGGUAGGAGCGAUCACGGCCAGUGGUAGUCGUCAUGCAGCAAUAGUGUCCUGUAUACAAUAGUUACACUGUUAGCACACUGAAGGAGUUGUUUUCCAUUUCAAUGUGCUGUUGAUGGUGGUGUUUUCCGUAACUGUCUGUGGCUUGCUGCUUAGCGCAGCUGUCUGAGUGACAUCAGAGGCUCUUGGGACGUCAUUGUUGUUAGUUGGGCCACAUGACUUCUCUCUGUUUUGUAAACAGUCACCUCAUCCACCUGAUGCCAUAGAAAGUGAUGUAUUUUUUCCAUGGGGUAAACUGUUGUAAAGACAGGGUGGUUAUUGGAGCCUCCGGGUUAAGAAGAGCCUUGGUAAUGGUUAGUCAACUAAUAAAGCAUCAGCCUCUAACCCGUUGGAUCUGCUCCUUUACAGCUGCGAACCUCUUCAGUUCUGAGGGAGGUCCUCUGUUCAUUCAGGACUAGUGUGGACCCAGCUGUGAACCUCUUCAGUUCUGAGGGAGGUCCUCUGUUCAUUCAGGACUAGUGUGGACCCAGCUGUGAACCUCUUCAGUUCUGAGGGAGGUCCUCUGUUCAUUCAGGACUAGUGUGGACCCAGCUGUGAACCUCUUCAGUUCUGAGGGAGGUCCUCUGUUCAUUCAGGACUAGUGUGGACCCAGCUGUGAACCUCUUCAGUUCUGAGGGAGGUCCUCUGUUCAUUCAGGUCUAGUGUGGACCCAGCUGUGAACCUCUUCAGUUCUGAGGGAGGUCCUCUGUUCAUUCAGGACUAGUGUGGACCCAGCUGUGAACCUCUUCAGUUCUGAGGGAGGUCCUCUGUUCAUUCAGGACUAGUGUGGACCCAGCUGUGAACCUCUUCAGUUCUGAGGGAGGUCCUCUGUUCAUUCAGGACUAGUGUGGACCCAGCUGUGAACCUCUUCAGUUCUGAGGGAGGUCCUCUGUUCAUUCAGGACUAGUGUAGACCCAGCAAACACACAACCACAACACAACGUUGUCUUAACAUUGUCUCUUAAGUUGACACCCCGUAAAUGGAGUCUCACAGAAACGGAGCGAGUGGCUCUUCUUCAGACUUCAGUAGACUACAACAGGAAUACAACACGCAGCAGCCUGGUCCUGGUCCCAGAGGCAGCCCUCGCCCCCACAGCGAGAGCAGUAUGUUCGGGGUGAGGAUACAAGUCCAGGGGGAUUGAGGGUCAUCCUUACGUUGUAUUGAACAACGGGGAUAGUAGAGCAGCUCUGCCAUCUGGUGGCCUGGAGAGCUACAGCAGGAACUGGGACCACCAGGAAGUGUCUGUCAACGCCCACAGCCAGUCUGAUUACGCCUCCACGGUGAAUGAUAGGCGAUCUCCAUUAGGUAGUCCUUAUGUGGAGCGAUCUCCAUUAGGUAGUCCCUAUGUGGAACGAUCUCCAUUAGGUAGUCCCUAUGUGGAGCGAUCUCCAUUAGGUAGUCCUUAUGUGGAACGAUCUCCAUUAGGUAGUCCCUAUGUGGAGCGAUCUCCAUUAGGUAGUCCUUAUGUGGAACGAUCUCAAUUAGGUAGUCCCUAUAUGGAGCGUAGACUUCCCAACCACCAGGGGGAGUAUGCUCAUGGAGGUUCUCUGACUGGGGUUAGGGAGGGUAGGGAGUCACAGAGGACUCCGCUGGCGUCCACCGUGUCCAUGUUCGACUUCCAGGAGUCACAGUUACAGCAGUCACAGAGGACCAUGCCGGCAUCUAACACGGUGUUGAACUUCCAGAGACACCCGGAGCUGCUGAAACCCUACGACCCAGACAGGAACAGCCGUAGCCCCCUCAGCCCCUGCCUCUCCCCCACCCGGAGACUCUCUGUUACCCCCACUCAGACAGCCUCUGCACCUAGGCCGGGACAUCUCACCAGGGGUCUCCAGAGUGGGGCAGGGGCCACCCUGACCCAGGGAGCAGGGUCUAGACCAGGACCAGCCAGGAUCCCUCUGCCUGCUGAGGGUAUAGAGAGAGUUCCCACCCUGACCCAAGGCCCAGGCCCAGGCCAUGUCCCAGCUCCCAUCCAGACCCAGACCCAAGGCCCAGGCCCAGGCCAUGUCCCAGCUCCCAUCCAGACCCAGACCCAAGGCCCAGGCCCUGCCCCUGUCUCAGCCCAAGCUCCACACCACCCUUCUUUUACCACCUUACUAAGCCCCCCAAGCGAGGUCACCAACGUCCCCAAGAGAUCCUCCAACUCAGUGGACACAGAGCCCAUCUCCUCCAUAGGUAGCCUUAUCAACCAGUUCGACAGCCCCCAGCAGAUGGGCCGAGCUGGGCCUAGGAGAGGGAGAAUAGCCCCUGAGGACCGGAGGAGGUCACGCAGCGUGGACAGCAGCCGACAGCGACACUCAGACCCAUCGGACCCCUCCAGCCCUGCCCCGGCCGUCAGAGGGGCCAGGGGAGAGACUCCAGGGGGAGCCACCAGCGCCCCCGGAUCACCUAAGGGUAGAGGGGCCAACGGACCCUCCACUCUGAUGUUUAAUAUGCUCCAGUGGGAGAAGGAGGAGGAGCCUAGCGUUGUGUCACCUAGAGCGUUGAAGGUACGGUACAGAGUGGAGAAGUCCUCCCUGACCAGAUCCAGAUCUCUCAACCACACCGAUGAGGAGUCAAAGAGAGAAACUCAGGUAAUGAGGUUUUAAUAGUGUGUAUUACAGGUAUAGUACUACAGUAGUAGGUGUAUAUUAUAGUACUACAGUAGUAGGUGUAUAUUAUAGUACUACAGUAGUAGUUGUAUAUUAUAGUAGUACUACAGUAGUAGGUGUAUAUUAUAGUAGUACUACAGUAGUAGGUGUAUAUAUUAUAGUACUACUGUAGUAGGUGUAUAUUAUAGUAGUAUUACAGUAGUAGGUGUGUAUUAUAGUACUACAGUAGUAGGUGUAUAUUAUAGUAGUACUACAGUAGUAGGUCUAUAUUAUAGUAGUACUACAGUAGUAGGUGUAUAUUAUAGUAGUACAGUAGUAGGUGUAUAUUAUAGUAAUACAGUAGUAGGUGUAUAUUAUUGUAGUACUACUGUAGUAGGUGUGUAUUAUAGUACUACAGUAGUAAGUGUGUAUUAUAGUACUACAGUAGUAGGUGUAUAUUAUAGUACUACAGUAGUAGGUGUAGAUUAUAGUACUACAGUAGUAGGUGUGUAUUAUAGUACUACAGUAGUAGAUGUAUAUUAUAGUACUACAGUAGUAGGUGUAUGUUAUUGUAAUACUACUGUAGUAGGUGUAUAUUAUAGUAGUACUACAGUAGUAGGUGUAUAUAUUAUAGUACUACAGUAGUAGGUGUAGUCCCGUGUAGCUCAGUUGGUAGAGCAUGGCGCUUGCAACGUCAGGGUUGUGGGUUCGAUUCCCACGGGGGACCAGUAUGAAGAAGAAAAAAAAUGUAUGCACUCACUAACUGUAAGUCGCUCUGGAUAAGAGCGUCUGCUUAAUGACUAAAAUGUAAAAAUGUGUAUAUUAUAGUACUACAGUAGUAGGUGUAUAUUAUAAUACUACAGUAGUAGGUGUGUAUUAUAGUACUACAGUAGUAGGUGUAUAUUAUAGUAGUACUACAGUAGUAGGUGUAUAUUAUAGUAGUACUACAGUAGUAGGUGUAUAUUAUAGUACUACAGUAGUAGGUGUAUAUUAUUGUAGUACUACUGUAGUAGGUGUAUAUUAUAGUACUACAGUAGUAGGUGUAUAUUAUUGUAGUGCUACUGUAGUAGGUGUAUAUUAUUGUAGUACUACUGUAGUAGGUGUAUAUUAUAGUACUACAGUAGUAGAUGUGUAUUAUAGUACUACAGUAGUACAUGUAUAUUAUAGUACUACAGUAGUAGGUGUGUAUUAUAGUACUACAGUAGUAGGUGUAUAUUAUGGUACUACAGUAGUAGGUGUGUAUUAUAGUACUACAGUAGUAGGUGUAGAUUAUAGUAGUACUGCAGUAGGGGCUGUAUAUUAUAGUAAAAUAUAUAUAUGUUGUAUUGUCACAUACACUGGAUAGGUGCAGUGAAAUGUGUGGUUUCACAUAAGGGGGGGUCAAACUCAUUCCAUGGUGGGCCUAGUGUUUGCAGGUUUUCAUUUUUUCCCCUUUCAAUUAAGCCCUCAACCAAAGUGUAAAUGUAAAAAUUAACCCCUGCAAAACACACUAGGUAUUAUUCGAAUGAGCUCCGCAAUUUGUAUUGUAAUAACAUUUGGCCUUGUUUCGGAGGCGGAGUUCAUUGGAAUAAUGCCCAGCGUGCUUUGCAAGUGUUCAUUUUUUAACAUUUACAUUUUGGUAAUUUAGCAGAUGUUAUUAUCACACUAUAGUUCCAUCAGACGUCUGCUACCAAUGCAGCACAUUUGGGGUGAUAGGGGGCCACAAAACUGUGAACUGCUAUAAAAACAUUUUUUUAUAGACAAGUAUUUUGUAUUUUGAAAAUACUAAUUACAGCUCUCAAAAGUAUUUUGUGUAUUACAGAAUAUAUUGUAUUGUAGUUCAGGCCAGAGAAAUACAGAUGUCAAAAUACUCUAAAGUAACUGGAAUACGCAUUUAAAAUACUGCCCCAUCGGUGGAUACACCUUGAUAUUCUGCUCUGUAACCAGGUCAUCACUCCAGAUCUUCUAAAAGGUCAGAGGGGUCCGCAGCACGGCUCAACUGAACCACAACAACCAAAUGAAGACGCCACAAAACAGAUGCUGUUCACUUACCUCAAGGAUGGGUAAAUUACACUGGAGUAGCUCAACCACGAUUAGUUUCAUGAUUCUCUACUCAUUUAACCUUGAGCUGUGAGAGAACCUCUUUGGCAAGAUGCCAGCGAGACUGAGGAUUGGGAUCGAAGAGGGUCAAUUCUGAUCCCAUUCCAUUCCAAUUAGGAGAAUUUGAAUAUUCAGUUCACUUCUGAUUUGACUGAAUUUAAAUGGAACAGAAUGACUUCUAUUCUGAUCCCAAGUGACCAUUACACGUUUCUCAUAUCCUACCUUUAAUGAUAUGAUGGAGAGAAUGUGAACGAGAUCUGUUACUUUCUGAUAAAGGAUUGCUGUUUCAGCUCACACACACACACACACACACACACACACACACACACACACACACACACACACACACACACACACACACACACACACACACACAUCAGCCUUCAUUAUCUUACACACAGUAGUUAUAUGACUGGUAUGUUGUUCUGGACAGUAGUUAAAUGACUGUGGUAUGCUUGUGUUUUCCUUCAGGACCACUGAUAAAACCUCCACCACUCAGAAGAAGGUGAACCUGGUGUUGGACAGAAUCCACCAACUGAAGUGGAAGACCGCAGGGAACGUGGAGGAGGAGAUCAGGGUGGGUCUGUCCACACUGAAACGUAGGCUACUUUAACCAAUGUCCUGUAAAACCGAAGGGUUUCUAAUGAGGGGAAUGUUUAUUGGCCGCGUGUGUGUGUGUGUGUGUGUGUGUGUGUGUCCCAACACGGCAGGACUAUGCUGCUGAGGCCAAGGAGCUACAGCAGAAAACAGCAGAGCUGGAGCGAGAGGUGUCACAGCUGAAGACACAGUUGGAGCAUAAGACCACGGUAGAGUAAAAGCAGUUUCACCCGGAGUCGUUUUCUUUCUUCUGUUUUGGUGGCUGAUGAACGCGAACCGACAUAAAACGUGUAGUUCGCAUCGUACUGUAAAUCCUCCGUGGCUUAAAUGAUAACAUUGGGGAGGGGACUCUGUGUGUCCUGUAGAGUGGGAGGAACCUAAUGGAGGCAUGCGAGAGGGCCCAGACAGACACGAAGACCGUUCAGGAGGAACUGGACAGGAGACAGGGGGAACUCUCCACGCUACGGGAUAGGCUGGCUGGGAUGGAGGCGGAGCUUGAAGUUGUCGUAGACGAGUAAGGCCCAAUCCCAAAUGGACCCGGCUAGACACUACUACACCUUUAUGUGGAGAUAUGAGCGGAUCUCAGAACCUGCCGUUGUGAAUUGUGAAAUUACCUCACACUGGUGUCUAGUAGAACAAUUUAUGAUUUCUCUGUCCGGUGCCCUGUGGUUCCUCAGACUUAUGUUACAAAUACAGGUCAGAAUGUGAGGUGGUCUGUAUAUUUGGAGUCCGUGAUUAUUAAAGCCCAGUGACCUUUCUCGAGACAAGAUACAAAUGCGUAUGUUCCUCAGGCUAGUCCAGGUGAAGGCAGAGAGAGAGCAGGGCCGUACAGAGAUGAAGGACCUCCAGCAGCAGCUUUCUGAGAUGCACGAUGAGCUGGACCAGGCCAAGAACACGACACAGGCAGACAGCACAGAGAAACAGCUCCUUCUGAAGGUAAGGAACGGGCUGUGAGAAAGCUCGGUUCAUUCUUAAUCUACCACAGUGUUUUGAUCCAGAAUAUUCCAUGUUGUACAUUCCGCACAGACUUGUUACUAUCCAUUAUGGUCUGUCUUUAUCUACUUUUUUUUUUUUUAAACAAUAAAAAACUAUUACAAAAAUAAUAAUAAUAUUCCAUGUAGAGGGUGUACUACAUAUGUUAUUCUACAUAAUCCUAAAAUCGAUAAACUUGACAAGCAUUAUAUGUUCAGUACGAGGCUGGCACAAUAAGGCGAAUACGAUGUGUAUUUUCUACUUUGAAGAGAGGAAGAAGAUUAUUACUUUAUUGUCCGUUGUCGCAGGGAAACGGAAAUUAAUCUUCUGUUUUGUCCCAAACCCCUCUGACACACAUAAACACACAGGAAGUAAACCCAGGCCCGCUUUUAGGAUGGUUCUGAUGCACAGGGUUUGAGUCUGAACUACUGGUUAACUGAGUGCACCUGUCUGUGUUAGGACCUGGCCCAGGUUAACUGAGUGUACUUGUCUGUGUUAGGACCUGGCCCAGGUUAACUGAGUGCACUUGUCUGUGUUAGGACCUGGCCCAGGUUAAUUGAGUGCACCUGUUUGUGUUAGGACCUGGCCCAGGUUAACUGAGUGUACUUGUCUGUGUUAGGACCUGGCCCAGGUUAACUGAGUGUACUUGUCUGUGUUAGGACCUGGCCCAGGUUAACUGAGUGUACUUGUCUGUGUUAGGACCUGGCCCAGGUUAACUGAGUGCACCUGUCUGUGUUAGGACCUGGCCCAGGUUAACUGAGUGACCUGUCUGUGUUAGGACCUGGCCCAGGUUAACUGAGUGUUGUUGGUUAGGACUGGCCCAGGUUAACGAGUGCAAUGUGUGUUAGGACCGGGCAGGUAAUGGUGCAUUGUGGUAGGACCUGGCAGGGUACUGAGUGUACGCGUUAGGACCUGGCCGGUACUGAGGUACGGCGUUAGGACCUGGGCCAGUAUGAGUGACCUGUCUUGUUAGGACUGGCCCAGGUUACUGAGUGAUUGCUGUUUAGGACUGGCCCAGUGCGGUGGACUUCCAGGGGCAUAGGUGCAGAGGAGCAGAGGAGGUGCACACUGAGGAAGGAGUGACGCCCUGAAGGGAGCGCUGAAGGAGGAGGUGGAGAGCCAGACAGGAGCUGGCAAUUGAGGGGGUUCAGGAGGUGCAGAAGCUCCGUGAGGAGGUGGAGGAGGUGAAAGAGGUAACGACGGGAGAGACAGGGUGGCAGAUUGAGUUGAGUUAAGUUGAGUAGAGUUGAAUUGAAUUGAGUUGAAUUGAACAUCCCAGUCAGUGGCUCAUUGGCGUAACUUAAUUUCCCACUGAACAUACUGUAUCCUGUGUGUAUUCUGACUCCCUCUGUCUCCCUGUCAGAGUAACACAGUGCUGGGCCAGGAGAAGAAGGAGGUGGAGGAGGAGAGAGGGGAGGCCCGGGGCCAGGUGAAGGAGCUGAUCCAGGAGAGAGAGGAGCUUAGGGGACAGGUACUGGGGCAUGAUGUACUACAAUACCCAUAAUGAUGUACUACAAAACCCAUAAUGAUGUACUACAAUACCCAUAAUGAUGUACUACAAAACCCAUAAUGAUGUACUACAAUACCCAUAAUGAUGUACUACAAAACCCAUAACGAUGUACUACAAUACCCAUAAUGAUGUACUACAAUACCCAUAAUGAUGUUCUACAAUACCCAUAAUGAUGUACUACAAUACCCAUAAUGAUGUACUACAAUACCCAUAAUGAUGUACUACAAUACCCAUAAUUAUGUACUACAGUACCCAUAAUGAUGUACUACAGUACCCAUAAUGAUGUACUACAAUACCCAUAAUGAUGUACUACAAUACCCAUAAUGAUGUACUACAAUACCCAUAAUGAUGUACUACAGUACCCAUAAUGAUGUACUACAAUACCCAUAAUGAUGUACUACAAUACCCAUAAUGAUGUACUACAAUACCCAUAAUGAUGUACUACAAUACCCAUAAUGAUGUACUACAAUACCCAUAAUGAUGUACUACAAUACCCAUAAUGAUGUACUACAAUACCCAUAAUGAUGUACUACAAUACCCAUAAUGAUGUACUACAAUACCCAUAAUGAUGUACUACAAUACCCAUAAUGAUGUACUACAAUACCCAUAAUGGUCUCAGACAAAACAUUUUAUAUUUGACUAAAAUCCAUGCCACUCCAUUUAGUACGAGAUGUUACUUUAUGUUUAGGUUACAUUACAUUGGCCUACGUAAAUCCGGGACACUUAAAUUAGUAUGAUAUGUUACCUUUGGUAUGACAGUAGGUUGCUUAAGGCAAAAACUAAAAGAGGGUGGUUGUUCGGGGUGGAUGUGUUGAUGUAUAACGCGAACAUCUAGCAAUCCAAUGUUGCAUGUUUGAAUCUCAUCACGGACAACUUUAGCAACUUUUAAACGACUUACUACUUAGCAUGUUAGCCAACCCUAACCCUAACCUUAACCCUUUAAUCUAUCUCCUAACCUUAACACCUACACUGUAAAAAAAAAAAAAAAAUGAAAUAUAGAUUUUUCAUUUAACUAAUUAUUAUUUAGUAACUGGUUCCACAGCCUUUUUUAGUUUACUCAACUUUUCGGUCAAAGUUUUACCUGAACUUGGAAGUUUUUAGUUGGCCCAAACUUAGCUCCAACUUGAGAAAACUUAGGCUAGGGACACCCACACAUUCAAAUAGAGAUUUGAAUACAAUGUUUUCAACUUACAUAUUUGACACACGUUGACAUUGUGCAUGUUUUACAGUAAUUCAUAUGCAACACGUCCUCACAAGCUCUUGGUCCACAGCAUUACUAUCUUCCUGCUACCAUGAUGUGUCAAUGACUGAAUUCACUUGUAUUCCUACACUUUGCAUUUCAAAGUAAAUCUCAGCCUUUUCAAACAAUUGUAUUUAUUAUAGUGAUUAAGGAGUAACAUUAAAACAGAAAAACCCUGUAAUAAGUCAAUAAGUAAAUAAAUUAAAUGAUGAGAGAAUAGUCAGAUUACCUGAUAACUGACAAAACAUGGUGGCGUAGCAGGAAGAUCAGAAUACUGUGAACAAAGAGGUUGUGAGUUCAAAUCCCAGAUGAGGAAGGUGUUGAAUAACCUUUACUGCAUCAACGAACAUCCACAAUGUCGUUGUGUGUGAAAUAUGUAUGUUGAAAACAUUGUAUGUUAAAAGCGCUGUGUGUGUCCCUAGCCAAAGUUUGGGCCCACUAAAAAUGUUAAGUUCAGGUAACACUUUGACUGAAAAGUUGAGUGAAGAAAAAAUGGCUGUGGAACCAGUUACUAAACAUUUAUUAGUGGAAUCAUCAAGAUUUUUUUUUUUCAGUGUAACCUAACGUAACAUAUCAUACUAAAGCAGUUGAACGUAAUAUAUCAUACUAAACGAUCAAGACGUAGGAUACUAGAUGUCCUACAAUUCAUAUUAUAUUGUACUACCGCUAUUACAUUGGUAGCCCAAUGUAAUGUAGCCUAACAUAUCAUACUAAAUGGAGUGGCGCCGACUUUAGUAAAUAUUAUACGUUUUGCUCUGAGACCAGGUUGUCCCGAAGCUGACAUAAUGUAUCCCAUCUCUACACUAACCCAGGUAGAGGAGCUGGAGAGCAGGGUGGAGAAGCUCAACCUCGUCAUCAAGGAGUCCAAAUCUCUGCAGAGACAGUUGGUGAAAUGCAUAGAGCAACUCAAGGUGAGGUAGGGAGAGGGAGGGAAAUACAGACUCUCAAUGAAGUAGGAUGUUCUUUAAAAUGCAUCCUCAAGUGUUGAAAUAUCAACUGAGUUUUUAGAUAGAGUGUAUCCUAACGUAAUAAUACAAUACUAAAAUGUGAUCCCACAGAGAGAGAAGCAGCAGGUUGAGGGGACGCUAGCGGAGGUGAGGGAGAAGGAAGAGGACCUGUGCCAGGCAAACAAAGCCCUACUAAUAAGGCUGGAGAACGUACAGGUGAAAUAAAUAGUAGGCUUGUUGUAAGAUUCCAACUUUAUACAGGGAAACAACUCUUCAAAAUAGUUCCAACUUUAUACAGGGAAACAACUUAGGACAACCUGUUGUUUUCUCCUUCUCCUUAGUUUCUCCACACACUGACACAGUCCUGUUUCUGUGUUUCUUCCCUCUCACAGAGCGAGCUGACCCAGCUGAACCACCAGCACAGGGAGGUGAAGGAGAGGCUGAAGGAGGAGGAGAGAAGAACAGGGGAGCUGAGGAGGAUGAAGAGUGAUCUGGAGGAGCAGAGGAGACUGCAGAACAGCACUGUGGAGAAACUGAAGGAGGAGGUGAGGAGGGGAGGAGGUGCGGAGGGGAGGAGGGUGGGAGGGGGGAUGGGUAGAGGAGGGGAGUAGGGAGAAAGGGGAGAGGAGUUAUCUGGAGGAGGAGGAAAUUAGUUAUCUGGAGGAGAAUAUGAGUUAUCUGGAGGAGGAGAUGAGUUAUCUGGAGGGGGAGAGGAGUUAUCUGGAGGAGGAGAUGAGUUAUCUGGAGGAGAAUAUGAGUUAUCUGGAGGAGGAGAGGAGUUAUCUGGAGGAGGAUAGGAGUUAUCUGGAGGAGGAGAUUAGUUAUCCGGAGGAGAAUGAUAGUUAUCUGGAGGAGGAGGUUAGUUAUCUGGAGGAGGAGAAUAGUUAUCUGGAGGAGGAGAUGCGUUAUCUGGAGGAGGAUAGGUGUUAUCUGGAGGAGGAGGGGGGAGGAGUUAUCUGGAGGAGGAGGAGGAUGAGGAGCUAUCUGGAGGAGGAGGUUAGUUAUCUGGAGGAGGAGAGCUGUUGUCUGGAGGAGGGAGAAAUGUUAUCUGGAGGAGGAUAUUUGUUAUCUGGAGGAGGAGAGCGGAUAUCUGAAGGAGGAGAUACGUUAUCUGGAGGGGUUAGGAGUUAUCUGGAGGAGAUGAGUUAACUGGAGGAGGAGAGGAGUUAUCUGGAGGAGGAGAGGAUUAUCUGGAGGAGGAGAGGAGUUAUCUGGAGGAGGAGAGUGGUUAUCAAUCAAUCAAUCAAUUUUAUUUUAUAUAGCCCUUCGUACAUCAGCUAAUAUCUCGAAGUGCUGUACAGAAACCCAGCCUAAAACCCCAAACAGCUAGUAAUGCAGGUGUAGAAGCACGGUGGCUAGGAAAAACUCCCUAGAAAGGCCAAAACCUAGGAAGAAACCUAGAGAGGAACCAGGCUAUGAGGGGUGGCCAGUCCUCUUCUGGCUGUGCCGGGUGGAGAUUAUAACAGAACCAUGCCAAGAUGUUCAAAAAUGUUCAUAAGUGACAAGCAUGGUCAAAUAAUAAUCAGGAAUAAAUCUCAGUUGGCUUUUCAUAGCCGAUCAUUAAGAGUUGAAAACAGCAGGUCUGGGACAGGUAGGGGUUCCAUAACCGCAGGCAGAACAGUUGAAACUGGAAUAGCAGCAAGGCCAGGCGGACUGGGGACAGCAAGGAGUCACCACGGCCGGUAGUCCCGACGUAUGGUCCUAGGGCUCAGGUCUCUCAGUUGGCUUUUCAUAGCCGAUCAUUAAGAGUUGAAAACAGCAGGUCUGGGACAGGUAGGGGUUUCGUAACCGCAGGCAGAACAGUUGAAACUGGAAUAGCAGCAAGGCCAGGCGGACUGGGGACAGCAAGGUGUCAGCAUGCCCGGUAGUCCUGACGUAUGGUCCUAGGGCUCAGGUUCUCAGAGAGAAAGAGAGAACGAGAGAAUUAGAGAGAGCAUACUUAAAUUCACACAGGACACUGGAUAAGACAGGAGAAGUACUCCAGGUAUAACCAACUAACCCCAGCCCCCCGACACAUAAACUACUGCAGCAUAAAUACUGGAGGCUGAGACAGGAGCGGUCCGGAGACACUGUGGCCCCAUCCGAAGAAACCCCCGGACAGGGCCAAACAGGAAGGAUAUAACCCCACCCACUCUGCCAAAGCACAGCCCCCGCACCACUAGAGGGAUAUCCUCAACCACCAACUUACAAUCCUGAGACAAGGCCGAGUAUAGCCCACAGAGGUCUCCACCACAGCACAAACCAAGGGGGGGCGCCAACCCAGACAGGAAGAUCACGUCAGUAACUCAACCCACUCAAGUGACGCACCCCUCCUAGGGACGGCAUGAAAGAGCACCAGCAAGCCAGUGACUCAGCCCCUGUAACAGGGUUAGAGGCAGAGAACCCCAGUGGAGAGAGGGGAACCGGCCUGGCAGAGACAGCAAGGGCUGUUCGUUGCUCCAGAGCCUUUCCGUUCACCAUCACACUCCUGGGCCAGACUACACUCAAUCAUAUGACCUACUGAAGAGAUAAGUCUUCAGUAAAGACUUAAAGGUUGAGACAGAGUCUGCGUCUCUCACAUGGGUAGGCAGACUGUUCCAUAAAAAUGGAGAUCUAUAGGAGAAAGCCCUGCCUCCCGCUGUUUGUUUAGAAAUUCUAGGGACAAUUAGGAGGCCUGCGUCUUGUGACCGUAGCGUACGUAUUGGUAUGUACGGCAGGACCAACUCGGAAAGAUAGGUAGGAGCAAGCCCAUGUAACGCUUUAUAGGUUAACAGUAAAACCUUGAAAUCAGCCCUUGCCUUAACAGGAAGCCAGUGUAGGGAAGCUAGCACUGGAGUAAUAUGAUCAAAUUUCUUGGUUCUAGUCAGGAUUCUAGCAGCCGUAUUUAGCACUAACUGAAGUUUAUUUAGUGCUUUAUCCGGGUAGCCGGAAAGUAGAGCAUUGCAGUAGUCUAACCUAGAAGUAACAAAUGCAUGGAUUAAUUUUUCUGCAUCAUUUUUGGACAGAAAAUUUCUGAUUUUUGCAAUGUUACGUAGAUGGAAAAAAGCUGUCCUUGAAACAGUCUUGAUAUGUUCGUCAAAAGAGAGAUCAGGGUCAAGAGUAACGCAGAGGUCCUUCACAGUUUUAUUUGAGACGACUUUACAACCAUCAAGAUGAAUUGUCAGAUUUAACAGAAGAUCUCUUUGUUUCUUGGGACCUAGAACAAGCAUCUCUGUUUUGUCCGAGUUUAAAAGUAGAAAGUUUUCAGCCAUCCACUUCCUUAUGUCUGAAACACAGGCUUCUAGCGAGGGCAAUUUUGGGGCUUCACCAUGUUUCAUUGAAAUGUACAGCUGUGUGUCAUCCGCAUAGCAGUGAAAGUUAACAUUAUGUUUUCGAAUAACAUCCCCAAGAGGUAAAAUAUAUAGUGAAAACAAUAGUGGUCCUAAAACGGAACCUUGAGGAACACCGAAAUGUACAGUUGAUUUGUCGGAGGACAGACCAUUCACAGAGACAAACUGAUAUCUUUCCGACAGGUAAGAUCUAAACCAGGCCAGAACUUGUCCGUGUAGACCAAUUUGGGUUUCCAGUCUCUCCAAAAGAAUGUGGUGAUCGAUGGUGUCAAAGGCAGCACUAAGGUCUAGUAGCACGAGGACAGAUGCAGAGCCUCGGUCUGACGCCAUUAAAAGGUCAUUUACCACCUUCACAAGUGCAGUCUCAGUGCUAUGAUGGGGUCUAAAACCAGACUGAAGCAUUUCGUAUACAUUGUUUGUCUUCAGAAAGGCAGUGAGUUGCUGUUAUCUGGAGGAGGAGAACAGUUAUCUGGAGGGGAGAGGGGGUUGCAAGUCAGCACGGUGGAGAAACUGCAGGAGUAGAGUGGAGGAAUGGAGAGGAGGAGGGAAAGGGAGAAGCUGUACUGGAGGUCAGAAGCCACUGAGAAGAACAUUGUGUUUCUAUGAAGAGGAGUGGUAUCAUUUUAUUGACCUCCAUUUGUCUCCGCCCUUCAGUGCUGCUGGGUUUAUCUAUAAGUACUAGAAGUUAUGAUACUCGUGAAUUACCCUAGAGUUGUCACCAGUGCAAAUCAUAGGCGUUGCAUGAAAAACAUAAUCUAUCAUGGGGGGAAUGUUCAAUGAACACCAUUCAGUCUGUCUACCCACUUCCACUCACUAUCUAGAACCCAAUCCCACCCCCCCCUCCACCCCCCCACCCUCCCUAGACCCCCCCCCCCUCCACCGAUCUCUCUCCGUCGCUCUCGCUUCUAUAUCCCCGUCCUCAAGCCUCGCCUGCCUCUCUAUAGAUCCGCGCGAGCCUCGCAUAUCGUCUCUCCUCCGUCCCGCUCUUCCUCUAGCUCCGAGCCAGGUCUCAUCGAGCUUCGCUCUCGCUUAGCUCCUCUCUCUCUCUCUCUCUCCCUCUCUCUCUCUAUCUUCUCCCUUCUCUCUCUCUCCUCCUAUCUUCCCCCUCUCUCUCUCCCCCUCUCUCUCUCUGCUCCAGAUGAGUGCUAAAGUGAAGGAGUGUGAGGCGUCGGCUGAGAAGCUCCAGCUCCAGGUUGAUGAAGUCAGAGAGAAGAGCCACACAGAGCUGACUGAGGUCCAACAACAGCUGCAGGAAAAGGGAAUGGAGCUGGAGAAAUCACAACAGAACGCCAGAAAACUACAGGAAGAGGUGUGGUGGAUAUUUUCCCCUAUUGAGUCACGAGUGGAUGGAUCAUAUUCUAUCUGUGAUUAUACUCUCUCUGUCUAUCAGUCUCUCGUGCUUCAGAGAUAAGGAGCUGAGGAAUGAUUGAAGAGUUGAAAGGUUUAUCGGGAGAGGAGACAGUAAUGCAAAGUUAAGCCGUAAACAUGUUGAGAUGAAGGCUGUCCAGAUACACAACCAGUUAUUUCAUGUUUUAAUAUGUUCUGUGUGUGCUAGCUUAGCAUGUAGCGUUCCCUUCCUGAACUUGGCUCCGUCUGGGCUUGAAACCAGGGUCCUCUACCUCGCCAAACACACGUGACCGCCUGCUCGACAACGUACGAGCCGAUUGAGCUAUAAGAAAAAGCGUUCUAUUUGAUAGCUCCGUUGGCAACAUUUUCAAGCUAGCUGAGGGGCUCUUAACUCCACGUUACACGUGCUAAUAAUAUGUUCUGUGUGUGUGUUCAGCUGCUUCCCCUGGAGCAGAGUCUGGAGCGGUGUCGUCAGGAGUGGGAGGAGGCCCAGCAGAGAGGCAGACAGCUGGAGAGGAAGGUGGAGGAGGUGGAGGAGAGGCACACACAUGCCCUGGAGGACCACGCCCGACAAGUCAAACUCAUGGAGGUAAUGUGUGUGUGUGUGUGUGUGUGUGUGUGUGUGUGUGUGUGUGGAGGAGAGACACAGCCUGACAAACUAUUUAAAAAAAUUAACGGACGUUACACGCGUCUGAAUGCAUUUCAAAACGUUGCAUGCAAAUAUGGAUCUCUUGCGAUAAUGGGAUCUUGCACAUGUCAAUAUUGCGAAUUUUGACAUGAAGCCGAUUCAUUGUGCAGCCUUAGUGUGGAGGGGGGAGGUACACAGCCAGACAGGUCAAAGUCUUGGAGGCACUGUUACUGUGGGCCACACACCCGCUUCACGCUACCGAGCCGAGCUGUACUGGGCUGACCUCGUUACACACGCUACCGAGCCGAGCUGUACUGGGCUGACCUCGUUACACACGCUACC